GUUCACAGGUCAUUCUUAUAGAUAGAGUAACACGUUAUGUUUGAAAGUAUUGUAGUUGCUACUUCAUUCUCGCGGAAACCAUCAUUGACUGGACAAGUAUAGAACAAAUAGAGGGUUGACACAAAGAUUUAAUAUAUAUUUUCAUUUUGGUGUUUACUAAAGUGACGAUUUAAUGGUAGCACUAUCCACGUGGUGUGCCAAGGCUGCGGCCUUCAGAGCCGUAAUACUAGGUGCCCCUGCUUCCGGUAAGGGUACUAUGUCAGCUCGAAUUGUCAAACAUUUUAAGGUGACUCAUAUAUCAAGUGGCGACAAGUUACGACUAAAUAUGAACAGUAACACCGAAUUGGGCAAAGCAGUUUCCAAAUACGUGCUCUCCGGUAACUUCGUUCCUGAUGAUGUAAUGAUCUCAAUGAUAACCAAAGAAAUCGAAUCAGUCGGCGAUCAAAAUUGGUUACUAGAUGGUUUUCCAAGAACAUUAACGCAAGCGGAGAAGUUGCACGACAUACAUCCGGUAAAUUUGGUGCUAUAUAUCGACGUACCCACUGAGGUGAUAUUGAAUCGCGUGAAAAACAGGUGGGUCCAUUUGCCCAGUGGGAGAGUUUACAACGUCGGGUUCAACAGUCCGAAAGUGCCGGGUAAGGAUGACGUAACCGGCGAACCGUUAAGUAAAAGGGAUGACGAUAAAAUAGAAAUUGUACAAGAAAGACUAGAGAAGUACGCAACUGCGACUACACCAAUUUUAUCGUUUUAUAGUAACCUAGGUGUACUGAAUAGUUUUCAAGGCAAUACUACUGACGAGCUAUGGCCACAUGUUCAAAAGACUAUUACAAAAUUUUUAUCACGGUUGUAAAUUACAUAUUUAUAUUUUCUGACUGACAGAAUGAAUUAGUCUAAAUAUUAGUUAGUAAUGAUCAUAUGCUUCCAUUUACAAAAUGUAGGUAUACCGUAACGAGAUAA